AUGACCGAACGCGUCACGUGCUGCUGUACGCUUGCCACGCGGCAGCAGAAGAAGUUGAAGCAUCGUUCUCUGGCAGCCAUGGCGAGGGUCGCCCUGCUUGCGGUCCUGCUGCCACAGGUCGUCCUAGCGGCCAUAAACGUGAUUCCGCCUCACCGCCUAGUUCAUCUGGACUUGAAGGGUGCGCCACCUAAGGCAUCCUACUUGAUCACGCUCAUCCCCAUCCUCAAGAGUCUCGGCGCCACGGGCCUGCUGGUAGAGUACGAGGACAGCUUCCCCUUCGUCGGUGAGCCGCUGCACGCCCUCGCCUCGCAGCGAGCCUACACCCGUCAGGAAUUGCGCGCAGUCCUGGACACCGCUAAAGCGUACGAUCUGACUGUGGUGCCACUGAUCAACACUUUCGACAAGCUCGAGUACAUCCUCAAGCACCCUCAGUUUGCCAAGUACCGCGAGAGCCCGAACGUGCCCGACACGCUGUGUCCCUCUAACCCCGCCGGAGUGAAACUCAUUCAAGACAUCUUGGACCAGAUCCUAAACUUCCACCACGCCAAGGAGCUCUACUACGUGCACAUCGGAUGCGGAGACGUGGCCGCACUCGGUCUUUGCGGACGGUGUACCGCGAGGCGUUUCGACCCUGCUCGCCGGGACGACUCCCGUUCCGGGGGUCGGUUCGGCCUUUACGACAAGUACAUGCUCUACAUGUCCUACGUCCAGCUAAUUACAGACUAUCUGAAAAACCACCACGGCGUCAAGACGAUCGUCUGGCACGACACACUUGCAAGGAUACCGAACGAGCUGUACCACCAUCUUCCCAUUCACCUCCACGUCGAGGUUAUGGUGGCCACUUACAGAACGGACUUGGAAUUCAGCGGGUGGCUCAACUUCGCGUCGCGCUUCGGUGACUCUCUGUGGAUUGCUACCUCGUUCAAGGACGUUGGCGAAACAGCGGUCAUUUACCCCCGACUCAAGGAACGAGCACAAAGUCACGUUACUUGGAUCGGCGCCAUGAACGAGUGGAAAGACCACGUCCGCUUCCCCGGCGUUGCCCUGAUGGGCCCGCAACAAACGAGCCACAACUCGCCGCUGCGCGAACUGCUACCAACCAGCUUGCCAUCUCUGGCUGUCUGCCUAGCUGUCGUCCGCAAGUCUGGUCAGCUGCCCACUGUAAACAUCGGGUCAUCGCCGAUCGAACAGAUCCUACAAUGCAACCGCACCAUCGACCUGAACAUUGAUUUCAAGAUGCAGGGUGUGAACUGCAAGUUCCCAGGGGCAGCGAUUGUCGACGAGCUGCAGAGUUUGGAGACGCUCAAGCACCACAUGGAUCUUUUGCCGUACUUGCCAAUUUGCAAAUCGAGCUUCGAGAACUCCGGCAGUGACAGCAAGGAAUGCGUCAGGAAUCUCAAUUCCCAGAUCGUAGAAAUUUCGGCGCUGAACUCGACCCUCCGAGUGGCUCUCCAGGAGGUCUACAGCAAGGACAUAGCCGACGAGUACGCGACCGAUAAACUCCGUCCUGUAAUGGCGGACAUCAAGCGCAAGCAAGAGCUCCUGGACUCGACCGGCUCGCUUCGUGCCCUUCGCUCGACGGUGGGUGCAAGGUACAGGAAGACAAAGUGGCCGAGCAGAUCACGUGCCGAUGCUGACGAGCCCAACAACCACCACGUUCAAAUAUGA